UGGGAAUUUAGCCAUUGAACCAUCACACCAGACCCUGACCGCCUCAUUAAUAAAAUGGUAAUAGCAAGGAUUAUUUGGCUUAGUGGUUGAGUCAUCGCAUGGGAGUGCCGGGUUGAACUCCAGCCCAAUCUGUUCAGGCUUCCUGCCAGUAUACACCUUGGGUCAAGCAGUUGACUUAAGAGAGAGGUCCGGAUGAAACUCCAGGCCUGGCCCAGCUGUGGCAGGCAUUUGGGGAGUGAAGCAGCAAAUGAAAGGCUGGGAUGGUUUGUCACUAACAGCAGCUAUAACUCUGGCUCUUCAGGGUAUCCCAGGAAGCAGAGAAGGUCACCAUGUUGGAGCCCAAGGAAGAGGGAUGGCCCAGGGACUGUGAGAGCAGGCUUCCUGGGCCCCACUCGGCCAGUCAAGAGAUGUUCCGCCAGCGCUUCAGGCAGCUGUGUUACCGGGAGACGCCGGGUCCCCGGGAGGCCCUGAGCCAGCUCCGGGUGCUGUGCUGUGAGUGGCUGAGGCCUGAACGGCACACCAAGGAGCAGAUCCUGGAGCUGCUGGUGCUGGAGCAGUUCCUGGUCAUCCUGCCUGAGGAGCUUCGGGCCUGGGUGCGGGGACAUCACCCUAAGAGCGGAGAGGAAGCCGUGACGGUGCUGGAGGACUUAGAGAAAGGACUUGAACCAGAGCUGCAGGUCCCGGGCCCCGCACGCGGACCUGCACUGGAGGAGCCGGGAGAGGAGCAGCCACCACUGGGGGCAGCUCGGGAGGCUGCAGGUGCCCAGCUCCAGCUUGAACCUCAGGACUCGCAGCCUUUCCCAAAGAGCGAACAGGUCUGUUUACAUUUUCCAUCAGCUGUAGAUGGUGCAGAGCUCAAGGACAAAGCAGCGUUGACAGAACCACCCAGUGUGGAGGUGGAGUCACCGGCAUUCCCAGAGGCACUUGCCAGCCCCACUGCCAUGUUCAAGGCUACGUCUUGUGUUGAAAGCACCUUAGGACAGUCACAAAGGAAACCUAAAGUGGGCAGAGUGAGGCAGUCCCCUGCCCAGGGAGCAGGUUCGAGGCAGACAGUUGUCACCCAUAAGAAAACUCCCCAAGGGAAGAAAGACCACAAGUGUACUGAAUGCGGUAAAGCCUUCAUUUAUAAUUCACACCUGGUCAUCCAUCAGAGAAUCCAUUCUGGAGAGAAACCCUACAAGUGUAGUGACUGUGGGAAGACUUUCAACCAGAGCUCAAACCUCAUUCAGCAUCAGAGAAUUCACACGGGGGAGAAACCCUAUGAGUGUGGCGAGUGCGGGAAGGCUUUCAGGUGGGGCGCUCAUCUUGUGCAGCACCAGAGGAUCCACUCCGGAGAGAAGCCCUAUGAGUGUAAGAAAUGUGGCAAGGCCUUCAGCCAGAGCUCCUAUCUCAGUCAGCACCUGAGGAUUCACAGUGGAGAAAAGCCGUUUGUGUGUAAAGGAUGUGGGAAGGCCUACCGCUGGAGCUCAGAGCUACUUAGACACCAGCGAGUGCAUGCUGGCGCAGAAUCUGCCCCGUACGUGGACGGGGAGAAAGGCUCCAGAUAG